UAGAAAGAGGGGGAAGCGCUAAGCGAGCGGAGAGUAGGGGGAUCGACACGUGUCUGUUUCGAAGCACGUGUGAAGGCGGCGCUUAAGCUGGGAAGGGGGAUCUGGGGAAAAGGAAGCCCCCAGUUUCGGUCGUCGGCCAAAAUUAAGGGAGAAAGAGCUGCGGGAGUGGUUCUGGGGGGAAAAAAAAGGAGAUCUGGAAAGUGCCGGCUCCCCGCAUCUCUCCAACACCCUCCUUCUCCCUUCCGGCCUACUCGCGAGUAGGGGCGAGCGUGCCUUUCGCAGCCUCCCCUUCCCCGCAGGCUCGAACCGCCCGCGAUCCUAAUCCCCCGGGGCCGGUCCCGAUCCAAGCCUUGCCGACCUUUAAAGAGGGUGGAUCGUGCCUGCCCUGCCCCCCUCUUGCUUUUUGUCUCCCUGGCCCCGACCCCCCCCCCCCCAAAAAAACCCUUCAACGCCUUCCUUGCGCCCACCUCCUCGCGAGUAAGCCCGCCACACCCCAAUGGCCAACGACACGUACCACUUCAUAAAAGACAUAAAGCCCGGACUGAAAAAUCUCAAUGUCGUCUUUAUUGUGCUGGAGAUCGGGCGAGUCACCAAGACCAAAGACGGGCACGAGGUCAGAUCCUGCAAAGUGGCUGACAAGACGGGAAGCGUUACCAUCUCGGUGUGGGACGAGUUGGGGGGUCUCAUCCAGCCAGGCGACAUCAUACGACUGACCAAAGGGUAUGCAUCUCUCUGGAAAGGAUGUCUCACACUUUACACUGGAAGGGGAGGAGAUCUUCAGAAAAUAGGAGAGUUCUGCAUGGUGUAUUCCGAAGUGCCCAAUUUCAGCGAACCCAACUCUGAUCACCAGGGGCAGUCCAGUAAAGGGGGGCAGAAUGAACAGAGCAAUUCUCUUCCACCAAGUCAUAUGGGUACUUGUACUUUUGGGCCAAGUGGAAAUGGCGUACACACGGGGUCCGAGUCGAGUGGAGUGUCGGUGGGGUAUAAUAACUCUACCUCCUAUGCGGGUACGGGGAGGGCCGGCGGCCGGGGCCCCACCUCCACGCUGGCACCGGCGAAUAACCCUCGCCCCAUCCAAGGCUCCAUAACUAACGGGCGGGAUCCUCGCAGGGCUUCCAAAAGAUGACCCAGACCGGCCGCCUCGCUGUCCGUCAAAACUGUACCACCCUACUUGAACACUUACCUGCACUUUUAUUUAUGGCAACUGUGAGAAAGGUUCCUUGUUCCUUUCCUCCUUCCUUCCUUCCUGUUGUAUGGAGAGAAGGAUUCUUUUGUGUCUCCCCCCCCCCCCCCCCUAAUUCCCUCUCAUCAAGAAAACACAGUGACGCUGCUGACGUCUUAUAUUUCAAGGAGGGAAAGAUCUUAAAAAUUCAGGGGUCCUAGUCUGGAAACCCCGGGGUUCUUUGUUGAAAAUUAGAGGUUGAUUCUAAAACAAAAGCUGAUUUUUUUUGUUUGGGUGUUUCUUUUAGAGGUUUUUUUUAAUUUUUUUUUGGGGGGGGGGUCCCGUUUGAAUUCAGCCAGCCCCACAGCCUUAAGAAGGUCUCUUUCCUCUUUUUGUGAGUCCUGCACAGCUACUGGGAGCUCACAAACAAAAGGGACCCAGGUUUCCUGAGUCGUUCGACCUUGCAAUAAAUCUAGACGGAAUUGUCCAGUUCUACUAGCAGAGAGAACUAUUAAGUUUCUUUGGUUUUUGGGGGGGAUGGCUGUGAUUGGCUGGAGAAGGCAAAAUCUCUCUUGGAAAACCACGCACACUUAUUCUUCCCAGAGCCAGUGUAGCUUACUCUAGAGGAAGUUCAGACAGAUCCAUGGGAAACAUAGUUCAGCGAGUCAUCCGGGUUAGGCAAGAAGUAUUAAACAUGGUUGGGAAAAUUCAGAUGAAUGCGAACCAUACAUUUCAGAGCUAUUUCCUUCAGCAGGUCAUGUCUGGUAGGCGAGAAAUGCUAAACGCGGCUUUUAAGAGCUGAGUUUUAAUCCCUCCUCAAGGUUGCCAUAGAGCAUUUGCCGUCAGUAGGAAUCCCGCUGGAAAAUCAGUAAGGGCGAUUAGCAUAAUAGCCGUUUUCUAUAAUCAGAGUCACGUAUAGCACAGCUGUUAAUGACUAUGGUUUCUUGGUGACAUUUGAACCCCGAAAGAAGGUUCACUGAAGCUGGGAAUGUUUCCCUGUGUCAGACUGGAAAACCCAAUUCCUUUGCUUAAGUUGGAACAUCUGGGUUCCUUGGCUUUUCUUUUUGCACAGUAUUCUCUUGUUUUGCAACAGGAGAGCAUUUGGAUUUCCGGUGCAGUUCUUAGCAGAGUUUAUGCUCUUCUGAGCCCUUAGAAGCAGACUUACAAGGGUGCAAUUCUUGUUUUCUGACUACACCGGCAAACCUUGCAGCUGCCGUAAAAAGAGGACAGUCAAGGGCAAACUUGGGGCUUUUUUGGAGCAGGAACUCCUUUGCAUAUUAGGCCACACCCCACUGAUGUAGCCAAUCCUUCCAAGACCUUACAGGAGUCUUAGUACAGGGCCUAAUGUCAGCUCUUGGAGGAUUGGCUGCCUCAGGGGUGUGUGGCCUAAAAUGCAAAGGAGUUCUUGCUACAGAAAAAAGCCCUGGGCAAACUCGAACCACUUCAUUACCGGUGGUUCAUUUUAAAUCGGGCCAAAAUCUACUCAGGUGAGGAGCUGGCAAAGAAAAACUGGUCGGUACUGAUGGGACCCCUCCUGGGAGACUAUUUCCAGCUGAAUUCUCAAGUGCCUGGAUGAGACACGCCCGGUUUUACUUACAGCGCUGAUAACUUUAAUGUCUCGAAAUGCAGCGCCAACGCCGAUCGUUUUGAAGCUAGCUAAGCGUGAAAAGGGAGGAAAGCUUGCGGACUCGGAAGGAGUUGUCUUACAAAAGAGAUGUGCAUUUUUUUUUAAGUUUUGGAUAAAUGUAAAUGUUCUUGGGGGCUUGCACCAAAUAGCCCUGAGAAUUCAGUCUGUCUGCUCUGCGUUUAGGGAAUCGCCUUUGGAAUCCGCAAGGUGUGCUGUAAAAAGACUGACCGUCCCUCCCCUUGGGUUUUGUUACAUUUUUCUUGAAGCGGACCUCAUAAAUAAAAGUUGCACUAACGACGUUUAAAUAGAAA